AUGUUUCCAAUAACUCACCAUUAUCCUCCACAACAACAGCAACAACAAUUUCCACAAGGAUUCAGUUGUAGUGGUGUUUAUAACAACAGCAAUGUCUACAUUAACAAUCAUAAUCCACCAUAUUAUGGAAUUAUUCAUCCAAAUGGAUAUUAUGUAUAUUCACCAAUGCAAAGUUACGACUAUAAUUAUAAUAAUCCAUCAUAUUCUAACUAUGGUUAUUAUUUUCCAUAUCCUAUUGGUUAUAACUGGAAUUAUCCAAUUGAUCAAUCGCAACGUCAACAACGACAGUAUAAUAAUACUAAUAAUAACAAUUACCAUCGUAAUCGUGAUCAUGAUGAUAAUAAUAAUAAUCAACUACAACAACAAAAUCAAGUUAAUCCAUUACCAUCACUACAACCUACAGAUUGUGACAAUAAUGAUACUAAUCGUGAUUAUCUCAAUAACAAUCAAAUUUUUAAUUGGCUUAAAGAAAAAUCAAUUCAUACAACUUUUAUGGCAUAUGAUUGUCCACCAUUUGCUUAUGUUUCAGCAAUAGCUUUAAUUUAUGAUAAAUGGAUUCGAUAUGAUUACAAAAGAAAGCUUUGGAAAUCAUAUUUAAAAUUUGGACAAGAAUAUAAUUAUUGGACAGAAGAAGUUUUUCAAGCUACUCAAACAAUGGAUAAUAGUACGAAUACAAAAUUUCUUGAAGUAAAAAUUAGUCAAUUGGAUGAGAAUAUCGAUAAUAUCAUAAAAGAUUUUCAUCAAUGUGAAUCUAUCUUAUUUAAUUACAGAGAAUAUGAUCGUAAUUAUCGAACAACUGAUAUGUUACUUAACAUUGCUGGAAAAAUUACAGAUACAGAAAUACUUUCAUUUGAGCAAAUCAAUGAUUAUCAAGAUGAAUUAAAUGAUUCUAUCAAGGAUUAUAUAAUGGACUGUACCAGACAUUUUCGAAAAUCGAUUGAAACCAAAAUUCAAUUAGCUAAAGUUCAUGCUGAUCAUUUUUAA